CAGCUCAUGGUGGUCCCACGUGGAGAUGGGUCCCCCUGACCCCAUCCUGGGGGUGACAGAAGCUUUCAAACGUGACACCAACUCCAAGAAGAUGAACCUGGGCGUAGGGGCGUACCGGGAUGACAACGGGAAGCCGUACGUCCUGAACUGCGUUCGCAAGGCGGAGGCCAUGAUUGCAUCCAAGAAGAUGGACAAGGAGUACUUGCCCAUUGCAGGGCUAGCGGAUUUCACCCGGGCGUCCGCAGAACUGGCUCUGGGUGAAAACAGUGAGGCUUUCAAGAGUGGCCGGUAUGUCACUGUGCAGGGUAUCUCUGGGACUGGAUCUCUACGAAUUGGAGCCAACUUUUUGCAACGGUUCUUCAAGUCUAGCCGUGAUGUGUAUCUACCCAAACCAUCCUGGGGCAAUCACACACCCAUUUUCCGCGAUGCUGGCCUACAGCUUCAGGCUUACCGCUACUACGACCCCAAGACGUGCAGCCUUGACUUCUCUGGAGCCAUGGAUGACAUUUCCAAAAUUCCAGAGAAGAGCAUCAUCCUCUUGCAUGCUUGUGCUCACAACCCCACUGGGGUGGAUCCCCGGCAGGAGCAAUGGAAGGAGUUGGCAGCUACAGUGAAGAAACGAAACCUUCUCGUGUACUUUGACAUGGCAUACCAGGGCUUUGCCAGCGGUGACAUCAACCGGGAUGCCUGGGCUGUGCGGUAUUUCAUUGAGCAGGGCAUCAACGUCCUCUUGUCACAGUCCUACGCCAAGAACAUGGGGCUGUACGGAGAGCGUGCGGGUGCCUUCACGGUCAUCUGCAGUGACGCAGAGGAAGCCAAGAGGGUGGAAUCACAGCUGAAGAUCCUCAUCCGCCCCAUGUACUCCAACCCGCCCCUGAACGGAGCGCGCAUCGCCUCCAUCAUCCUCAACACCCCAGACCUACGGAAGGAGUGGCUGGUGGAGGUGAAGGGUAUGGCUGACCGGAUCAUCAGCAUGCGGACUCAGCUGGUGUCCAACCUCAAGAAAGAGGGAUCCUCCCACAACUGGCAGCACAUCACCGACCAGAUCGGCAUGUUCUGCUUCACGGGGCUGAAGCCUGAGCAGGUGGAGCGGCUGAUCAAGGAGUUCUCCAUCUAUAUGACAAAGGACGGACGAAUCUCUGUGGCGGGAGUUACAUCAGGCAAUGUAGGUUACCUGGCUCAUGCCAUCCAUCAAGUCACAAAGUAAAGACAAAGGUGUGCUGUGGAGCUGGUGGCCUUCCCUUCCCCACCGAAGGUCGAAGAUGGGGAGGGAAAGGAAACAAGAAUACUCCAACCACAGCACUUGACACCGCUGCUGAAUGUAUCUUGUAGAUAAGUUGUUGUAGAAGCCCUAGUGAAAACUGCCCUGCAUUGUGGAGCAGGGACAUCAUUGCUGGCUCCCGCUCGUCACAGCCGUUCUCCCCUGCUGUCCAUCCUUUGUCCGGCAGCCCCAGCUCCCAUCUGCGCUGGAGGAAGCUUAGCACUGCCAUCCUACCAGUGUAGGCACCAAAGGCUUCCCCACACUUGUUUCUCCAUGAGAAGGCUUUGUCAGGCUGUUGGAAGCAGCAGUGGGUGGGGAGCUGAGUGGG